AUGUAUUGUAUCUAUGGUACUCCCUACGGUGCUUCUAAAAGAGAAUUCUGGAGUUGGCUCACUGAGAAAGUGAGUGAGUGCAAUGAUCCCUGGGCUCUUGUGGGUGAUCUUAAUGUUACUCUUGACCAUACGAAAAAGAUAGGAGGUAGAGACUAUGAUGCUAGGGAAGGGGAAUUUCUGAGAAAUUUUCUGUUUAAGUGUGGUGGGAUUGACUUGGGUAGUGUUGGUGGCAUUUUCACUUGGAAGAAUUCGAGAUUGGCCCCUAACUGUAUUCGGAAACGGCUUGACAGAGUUAUUGCUGAUGGAGAUUGGUGCACUGUGUUUUCUAACGCUCGGGUACAGAAUUAUCCUAUUAUUGGCUCCGACCAUGCUCCUAUUCUUCUGGACACUUGGGGGGAAACUUUGAAACUGAAUUAUCCUUUUCGGUUUCUUCAGGUCUGGACUUAA